AUGUCUUCUCCUGCGCCCUCCACUACCUCGGAGGCCUCCAAUGGCGCAUCCCUCCCCUCUCGUCCCCUGGGUGGAGAUGGGAGCUCCGGCACGGGAACUCCCAUCGGUUUCCAACGGCAGCUCCACAAUAAGCACCUGGACCAUGUCGUAGGCCAGGUGCGACAACCUUCACCUCAGCCUACCCAUCUGGCUGUCCCGGGUACUCCCCACCGUGUUCUGUCGGAGGAGGACCCUGGCUAUAUUGCCGCCACCUUUGAGGGCAAGCAGCAACAGAUGGAGCAAGUGAUGGAUCAAUUGGAAGAAAAGGGCUUCUUCCCCAGUGAUUUCGUCUCCUCUGAAACCACCUGGUUCUAUAACAUGCUGGGCAUCGAUGAUACUUACUUCCAAACUGAGACCGUUGAUGCUAUCGUGACCCAGAUCCUCUCCCUCUACGCUGCCAAGGUCGCUGCGUAUGCUCGUGAUGACAAGCAGCUCUCAAUUCGUUUUGACAAGGAGGAUGAGGACCAUGCCGUCUACAUUGAUACCAGCCGACCCGGUUUCUCUAACAAUGAUGGUCCUCAGUAUGAGCAGCGCAUCGAUGAAAAGUACAUCAAUUCUUCCAAGGGUGCCAACAGCUUCCGUGUGGAGACAUUCCGUUCUCCCAAUCCUCUCCCAGGUGACAAUGGCCAGCAACUUCGCUGCUACUUCGUGUACAAGUGCCAGUUUGCCGAACCCAACCCGUCCCCCAACGAGACCAACAUUGAAAUCAUUGGUGAAAAGCGCUUCCUCCAGAAGGCGACCCCCAACACCAAGGCCAUCUACCAAGAAGUCAUCUCCACGGCCGUCAGCCGCACUGGUCCGGUCAUUGAGAUGUUUGAGAUUGAGGGCAGCCGCGAAAAGCGCCUCGUCAUUGCCUAUCGCCAGGGCUCUGCCAUGGGUCUGUUCAGCGCACUGUCGGAUUUGUACCACUACUACCGCCUGACCAGCUCGCGCAAGUAUCUUGAGCACUUCUCGAACGGUAUCACCGUCAUUUCCCUUUACCUGCGCCCCUCGGAACGGCCUGAGAUUGCGGCCAAAUACCCCCCAAUUGAGGCCGCCAUCCACCAGAUCAUGAAGGAAGUGUCACUCUUAUACUGCAUUCCUCAAAACCGCUUCCAAGGGCACUUUGCCUCUGGCCGCCUCAGUCUGCAGGAGACCAUCUACGCCCAUUGCGCCUGGGUAUUCGUGCAGCAAUUCCUGAAUCGUCUAGGCUCCGAGUACACCUCCCUGUCUGCUCUUCUGGACGCCAACAACAGUGUCCAUGCAGAGCUUCUUUCCAAGAUCAAGAAGCGUCUGCGCACUGAGACCUUCACUGCUGAAUAUAUCUUUGAGAUCAUCAACCGAUACCCCGAGCUGAUCCACAAGCUCUACUUGGAUUUCGCCAACACCCACUACGUUCAGACUCAAGGUCCCAACGGGGAUGACUUCCUCCCUACCCUUAGUUUCAUGCGUCUUCAGGUGGAUGAGGUCCUGGAUAGCUCCAAGCUCAAGCAGCUUAUUCGAAGCAGUGCUGUCAAUGAGCACGACGAGAUGGUCAUGACCUCCUUCCGUGUAUUCAACUCUUCCAUCCUCAAGACCAACUUCUUCACCCCCACCAAGGUGGCCUUGAGCUUCCGCUUGAAGCCGGACUUCUUGCCAGAGCACGAGUACCCCCAGCCUUUAUUCGGCAUGUUCAUUGUUGUUAGCUCCGAAUUCCGUGGCUUCCACUUGCGCUUCCGCGAUAUCGCCCGUGGCGGUAUUCGGAUCGUCAAGAGUCGAAACAAGGAGGCCUACGGCAUUAACGCUCGUUCGCUUUUCGAUGAGAACUACAACCUGGCCAACACCCAGCAGCGCAAGAACAAGGAUAUUCCCGAGGGCGGUGCCAAGGGUGUCAUCCUCCUGGAUGUGGACCACCAGGACAAGGCCGCCGUCGCCUUUGAAAAGUACAUUGACAGUAUCAUGGAUCUGCUGUUACCGCCGGUCAGCCCUGGUAUCAAGGAUCCGAUCGUCGACCUAUACGGCCAAGAUGAGAUCCUUUUUAUGGGCCCUGAUGAGAAUACUGCCGAGUUGGUUGACUGGGCCACUGAGCAUGCCCGUGCUCGUGGUGCUCCCUGGUGGAAGUCGUUCUUUACUGGUAAGAGUCCCAAGCUGGGCGGUAUUCCCCACGAUGCCUACGGCAUGACCACUCUCUCCGUUCGUGAAUAUGUGAAAGGAAUUUACCGCAAGCUGAACAUCGAACCUUCGACCAUCCUCAAGCUGCAGACCGGUGGUCCUGAUGGUGACCUGGGAUCUAACGAAAUCCUGCUCUCCAACGAGAAGUAUGCUGGUAUCGUUGAUGGAUCUGGUGUCAUCUACGACCCGGAGGGUCUGGAUCACCAGGAAUUGAUUCGUCUAGCCACUAAGCGCGUGAUGAUCUCCGAGUUUGAUGUUUCGAAGCUGUCUUCGGAGGGUUAUCGGGUUCUAGUUGAUGAGAAGAAUGUGAGACUGCCCAGUGGUGAGGUUGUGGGCAAUGGCACCAACUUCCGCAACACCUUUCACCUGCGUAGCCAGGAGAAGUUCGACAUAUUCGUGCCUUGCGGUGGCCGACCCGAAUCCAUUGACCUGUCCACUGUGAACAAGCUCAUCGUGGACAAUAAGUCUAUUCUCCCUUACAUUGUCGAGGGUGCCAACCUGUUCCUCACCCAGGACAGCAAGCUGCGCCUUGAAAAGGCCGGUUGCAUUCUGUUCAAGGAUGCUUCCGCCAACAAGGGCGGUGUUACUUCCUCCUCCCUUGAGGUUCUGGCUUCGCUGUCCUUCAACGACUCAGAGUUCGUCGCUAACAUGUGUGUGGGCGAAGAUGGAACUGUCCCUGAGUUCUACCAGGCCUAUGUGAAGGAGGUCCAGGAGAUUAUUAAGUCGAACGCUGCUCUCGAGUUCGAGGCCAUCUGGCGCGAGCACGAGAAGACUGGUGUUCUGCGUAGUGUGUUGAGUGACACUCUCAGUGUUGCUAUCACCAAGCUUGAUGAGGAACUUCAGCACACUGAGUUAUGGGAUAACGUUGCUCUUCGCCGGUCGGUAUUGAACGAUGCUCUGCCUCGUUUACUUUUGGAUAAGAUCGGUCUGGAUACCAUUUUGGAACGCGUUCCUGAAAACUAUCUCCGUGCUAUCUUCGGCAGUUACUUGGCUAGCCGAUUUGUGUACGAGUAUGGCAACAACCCGAGCCAGUUCUCGUUCUUCGACUUUAUGACCAAGAGAAUUGCCCAGAUCCAGUCGUAA